AUGAAGUUCGGUGAACAACUCAACAGGUCUCUCAUUAGAGAGUACAGCUACUACUAUCUGAGCUACGAUGACUUGAAGACCGAUUUGGAAGAAAAUUUGGAGUCAAACGGAGGUACAUGGAGCGAAACAUUGGAAACGCAGUUUCUGGAAUCGCUAGAACUGGAGCUGGACAAAGUCUACACCUUCUGCAAAGUCAAACACAACGAGGUCUUCAGACGUGUCAAAGAGGCACAGGAACAGGUACACUCUACGGUGCGAGCUCUAGACUCCAACGUUCCACCAUCGGAGCUGGACUUCGAGAUUCUGGAGGAAGAGCUCUCCGAUAUCAUUGCAGAUGUCCACGAUCUUGCCAAGUUUUCCAGACUGAACUACACAGGGUUCCAGAAAAUCAUCAAAAAGCACGACAAGAAAACCAAGUUCAUCUUGAGACCCGUGUUCCAGGUGCGUUUGGACUCCAAACCCUUUUUCAAAGAUAACUACGACGACCUCGUAGUCAAAAUUUCGCAGCUUUACGACUUGGUGAGAACCCGUGGUAAUCCCAUCAAGGGCGACUCUUCGUCCGGGGGCAAGCAGCAGAAUUUCGUGAGACAAACUACCAAAUACUGGGUUCAUCCCGACAAUAUUACCGAGCUCAAGCUUAUCAUCUUGAAGCAUUUGCCCGUCCUGGUGUUCAACAGCAACAAGGAAUUCGAAAAAGAAGACUCCGCCAUCACCUCCAUCUAUUACGAUAACGAAAACCUCGAUCUAUACUACGGUCGUCUCAGAAAGGAUGAAGGAGCCGAAGCCCACCGUUUGAGAUGGUACGGAGGCAUGAGUUCCGACACGAUUUUCGUCGAGCGGAAGACUCACAGAGAGGACUGGACAGGUGAAAAGUCGGUCAAAGCGAGAUUCGCGUUGAAAGAACGCUAUAUCAACGAAUUUUUGCGUGGUAAAUACACCGUGGAACAAGCGUUUUCCAAAAUGCGCAAAGAUGGUAAGAAAAGCUUGACGGAAAUCGAAAACCUGGAAGCGCUGGCCACAGAGGUGCAAUACACCAUGUUGAAGAAAAAAUUGAGACCCGUGGUGCGUUCGUUCUAUAACAGAACUGCAUUCCAGCUGCCGGGUGACGCCCGUGUCCGUAUUUCGUUGGACACGGAACUGACCAUGGUAAGGGAGGACAAUUUCGACGGUCGCGACAGAACCAACAACAACUGGAGACGGAUGGAUAUCGGUGUCGACUGGCCCUUCUCGCAAUUGCCCGAAAACGACGUUUGUAGGUUUCCUUACGCGGUCUUGGAGGUCAAACUACAAACGCAACUUGGCCAGGAACCACCGGCUUGGGUCCGGGAACUUGUAGGCUCCCAUUUGGUGGAGCCUGUCCCUAAGUUCUCUAAGUUCAUCCACGGUGUUGCCUCACUUUUGGGUGACAAGACCGAGUCGAUUCCCUUCUGGUUACCGCAAAUGGAUGUGGACAUCAGAAAGCCUGCUAUCCCUACUCAAAUCAACAUCAGCAGACCGGGCCGAGACGAGAACGACAGCGACGACGACAUAUACACAAACCAAUCGCAUCCGAACGGAAACUUGCUGGACGUGGAGGAGAGUGUGGGCUAUGGUGCCAUCGAGGCCAGCGGCGAUUCUGGUCCCGACGCGGCCAGAACUGCCGGCCUAGCUCGCCGCCGCACUGGUAGAGUUUCCUCAAAUCCAAUCAUCAAGCUAUAUCAACAAGCUCUCGCCGCUGUAGACCACUACCUACACGGUGACCAGAUCACCAAGGUCCCCGAGGGCACCGUUUUCGACACCCAGGUGCGUGCGCCUCCGGGCAAAACGAUCUGUGUGCCGGUCCGGGUGGAACCGAAGGUAUAUUUCGCCACUGAAAGAACCUUUUUGUCGUGGUUAUCGAUCGGGCUGACUUUGAACGCCGUGGCUAUCUCUAUGCUCAACUAUGGCACUGACGCCACGAUGGUCGCCUCUGUUGGGUUUUUCUGCACGGCUCUGGUCACUAUUUUUUACAAUGCCUACGUGUAUUGCAACAGGGUGGUCAAUAUCCGCAUGAAGCAUGCAGUCGACUACCAGGACAAGAUCGGUCCGCCAUUGGUGUGUGGUUUCCUAAUUCUUUCGACACUUUUCAGUUUUUACUGUAAAUGGGCCUACUGA